AUGUAUCAACGGCUGCAAAAUUGGAGUCAAGGUUCGAAGUACGUCAAUGAAUACACGGAGGAGUUCAACAAAUUAUUGACACGAGUUGAUUUGUCUGAAACGGAGGAGCAAUUAGUGUCCCGGUAUAUUGGAGGGUUGAGGCCACAAAUUCAAGACACAUUGAACCUAUUUGACCCCUCUAAGGUGUCUGAGGCUCAUCAAAGGGCGUUGUUAAUUGAGAAGGCGUCGGCACGUGGGUCAUUCAACUUAUUUGGACGUAGCGGUGGUGGAAGCUACAACCGGUCAAGGGUUCCAUUCACAACUCGAGAGGCCCCUUCCCAAGUUACCGGCCCAAGUAAAAACCCCACACCCAUGGGGCAGCCAAGCCGACUCGGGGCUACAACCGGGCCCAAGUGUUUUCGUUGUGGAGAGAUGGGACACAGGUUGGCGGAUUGUCGCAAGGGUGAGAAGUAUGGAAAGGCCUUACUCAUCGAUUCGGGAGAAGCUUUCGAUGAACAAGGCGAUGGAGAAGAGCAAGCAGCAAAUUUUGAUGAUUACGAUGGAGCCGAAGAAGAAUUUGCCACUAGGGAUGACACUCCUUUAUUGAUGGUGCGAAGGAUAUGUUAUACACCCUGGAAGGUAGAGGGAGAUGACGGACAGCGCCAUACUCUUUUCCACACAAUUUGCACCGUUGGAGGCAAGGGGUGCAAACUUGUUAUUGAUGGGGGCAGCUGUGAGAACGUCGUGGCUGAGGAAGCUGUUCGGAAAUUGGGCCUUGCAACGGAGAAGCACCCUACACCAUAUCGCUUGGAGUGGCUCAAGAAAGGAGACGAGGUAAUUAUGUCUAAACGUUGCCUUGUGAGUUUUUCAAUUGGGAAAAGAUAUAAGGAUAAGGUGUGGUGUGACGUGGUGGCAAUGGAUGCGUGCCAUAUAUUACUUGGAAGACCAUGGCAAUAUGAUAGGAAUGCGCAUCAUGAUGGAAGGAAGAACACAUACAACUUCUUGGUUGACAAUGUGAAGCUCACUCUCCUACCCGAUCCGGGUGAAUGUCCCAAACCUUCAACCGGAACAGGUCAAACAUUGUUGGCCAGACAUGAGUUCGUUAAGGAGAUGCUAGAAGUGGAUUGUGGGUGCUUGCUAGUGUGUAAAGAAGGCAAGAAGGUAGAAGAGGUGCCGGAAGAAGCCAAGGGGUUAGUCGAAGAAUUUGCAGAUGUAUUUCCGGUUGAGUUACCCGAUGAGCUACCUCCUCUUCGUGACAUACAACACCAAAUUGAUUUGAUGUUGGGAUCGAGCCUACCCAAUCGACCACACUACCGCUUGAGCCCCAAAGAGCAUGAAGAGUUGAGGCGACAAGUGGAGGGGUUAUUAGCCAAAGGACACAUUCGAGAAAGCUUGAGUCCUUGUGCGGUACCGGCUUUACUCACCCUCAAGAAUGAUGGUUCAUGGAGGAUGUGUGUGGAUAGUAGGGCCAUAAACAAGAUCACCGUGAGAUAUCGGUUCCCUAUUCCCUUGUUGGAUGAUUUGUUAGAUCAAUUGAGUGGGGCAACGAUAUUCACCAAGCUGGACCUAAGGAGUGGAUACCAUCAAAUUCGGCUGCGACCAAAUGAUGAGUGGAAAACAGCGUUUAAGACGCGGGAGGGACUCUUUGAAUGGUUGGUAAUGCCGUUCGGAUUAUCCAAUGCACCUAGCACAUUCAUGAGGGUGAUGAAUCAAGCUUUUCGGCCUUUUAUUGGGAGGUUUGUCGUCGUAUACUUUGAUGACAUACUCAUUUACAGCCCUAAUAGAGAGACACACCUUCUACAUGUGAGGGAAGUACUUCAAGUGCUCCAGAAAGAGAAGUUCUACGCAUCACCGGCCAAGUGCUCAUUCAUGACAGAUUCGGUGCUUUUUCUUGGCUAUGUGGUGUCUAAAGACGGGUUGGCCGUGGACGAAGCAAAAGUGGUGGCCGUUCAGGAUUGGUCCAUUCCUACAACAUUACACGAGGAAGUCGGCAUUGGAGCGGUUCUAAGUCAAGGUGGAAGACCGGUGGCAUUUUUUAGUGAGAAGUUGAGUGGUUCAAGGCUCAACUAUAGCACCUAUGAUGUGGAGUUUUACGCAUUAGUGCAAUCAUUGAGGCAUUGGAGUUCCUACCUCGCCUACAAUGAUUUCAUUUUGUACUCAGAUCUUGAGGUGUUGAAGCACCUCAACAGUCAAGAUAAGCUUUCCUCCCGGCAUGCAAAUUGGGCUGCAUAUGUGCAACAAUUCUCCUUCACCAUCAACCACAAGUCAGGACCUUUGAACAAAGUGGCCGACGCCCUUAGCCGAAAGUCGACACUCUUGACCACCAUGGCAAAUGAGGUAAUUGGUUUUGACCUUUUAAAGGAUUCUUUAUCAACUGACCCUCUUUUUGGGCCAAUUGUUGAUGAGAUGUUGUUGGGUAAUUGGAGUGAUUUUGGGCUGCAUAAUGGGUUCCUUUUCAAGGGCACUCAGCUAUGCAUCCCCGAGGGUAGUCUCUAG